GGCUGAUUUAUUCCAAAAAGCUGCCACUAGCAGUAUAGCCGCGGACACAGUGGACCGAGACAGGCAACACACAGACACAUAACAGAUACUCCACACAGCUCUGAGGAGAUGGGGGACAAAGCGGGGACCAGAGUUUUUAAGAAGUCCAGCCCCAACUGCAAGAUCACCGUUUAUCUAGGGAAGCGUGACUUUGUUGAUCACUUAGACCACGUAGACCCAGUUGAUGGAGUGCUUCUUGUAGACCAAGAGUAUCUGAAGGACCGAAAAGUGUUUGUGACUAUGACCUGUGCGUUUCGUUAUGGUCGGGAGGAUCUGGACGUCCUGGGCCUUUCCUUCCGGAAGGAUCUGUACGUCAGCACACUGCAGGUCUUCCCCCCUCUGGAGGAGAAGAAGACGCCUCUGAGCCGCCUGCAGGAGCGGCUGCUGAAGAAGCUGGGUCAGCAGGCCCACCCCUUCCACUUCACUAUCCCCCAGAAGCUGCCUUGCUCCGUAACCCUCCAGCCAGGCGCAGAGGACACUGGGAAGGCGUGUGGCGUGGACUAUGAACUCCGAGCGUUCUGUGCUAAGACUGCAGAGGAGAAGAUCCACCAAAGGAAUUCUGUUCAACUGUUGAUCCGGAAGGUUCAGUACGCACCGGAGAAGCCGGGUCCGCAGCCGAUGGUGGAGACCAGUCGCAGCUUCCUGAUGUCCGACAGAUCUCUACACCUAGAGGCCUCACUGGAUAAGGAGCUGUACUACCAUGGUGAGCCCAUCAGUGUCAACGUCCACGUCACCAACAACUCCACCAAGAGUGUGAAGAGGGUGAAGAUAUCUGUUCGUCAGUAUGCCGACAUCUGUCUGUUCUCCACGGCUCAGUAUAAGUGUCCGGUUGCCCAGGUUGAAGCAGAUCACCAGGUUUCUCCCAGCUCCACCUCCUGCCAGGUCUACACUCUGACCCCCACACUGGGUACCAACAGGGAAAAGAGAGGCCUGGCCCUGGAUGGAAAGCUAAAGCAUGAAGACACCAACCUGGCCUCCAGCACCAUAGUAAAAGAAGGGACCAACAAGGAGAUGAUGGGGAUUCUGGUGUCCUACAGAGUCAAAGUCAAACUGGUGGUGUCUCUUGGAGGGGACGUAGCAGUGGAACUCCCGUUUGUCCUCAUGCAUCCCAAACCCGUAGACCUGCCCAGUUCCCAACCACAGUCAGUUGCUCCAGAGGCUGAUGCUACUGUGGACACAAACCUCAUAGAGUUUGAGAUGAAUACGCCCACUACGGCCGAUGACCUUGUCUUUGAAGACUUUGCUCGUCUGGGGCUGACGGGGACGAAGGAUGAGAGCGACCCCUUCUGUUAGCUCCUCCUUGGCCAGCAGCUACUUAUCCGAGUCUCCGGGUUACAGGUGCUCGACCCCAGAACGCAGGAAAAAGGACUUGUGAGGGCAGCCUCCUGAAGUUUUCCACAUUUUAAUUGUACCAUUUAUUCCGUAUGGGCUACUAGAUGUGUUUUUCUUGUCAAAGGUAUAAAACUAAGUCAUACUGGUUGUAUUUUAGUGUACAAAAGCAGGAUUUAACUAAGUGAGGCUGAUUGUUGGAAGCACUGCUGCGUGACUGUUUUUAACCUGCUGAUAUCAGUAUUGUACAUGCUGCUGUGAUUCAGGAUUCAUUCAUGGGACGAGGAAAUAAAAGUGGUAUUUUUUUAUACUGAUAAUAGGUUAGCUGUUGUCUUCAGGGGAACCUCCAACUUGUACUGCUUCCUGUUGAUUAUUCUUUAAAAUGAAAUAAAUAAAUCAUUUUUAUAUCUGGAGCAGACCAAGCUAGAGGGUAAGAGUUAAAUACACAGAAAUGAUUUUAUUUUUAUAGUUAUUUUUUGUAUUUUUAGUAAUCGAUUCAAGCGUGGGAUCAGCUCUUUAGUGCAAAGUAAAAAGAAAUACGCUAUUGCUCAUAUAGUUGAUGUUUUUCUGGGUCAAAAAUUGUGAACAAAAGUGACACCGUUUCUACAUUACCUCAAACAUGUCUUAGCAUUUCAUUGUGUGCCAAUAUAGUAUAAAACUAAAGUAUUAUAUCUGUGAUGAGAUUUUAUUGGCCUGCCAUGUUAGAAUUUGGAUUUUAUCACAUAGAAAAAUGCUAGCUCGAUCAAAAGAACCAUUUGAUUAUUCUGUCUAUACUGUAUCAUCAUCUAACAUGAAGUAGAGCAGCUAGACAAUCAAUCUCUAAACAGGCUUUGUAUCUAUGGAGAUGAUUUUAGAUAUACAUUUGUUUUUUUCCACGUGGAGAUGUAAAUGUAAAGCUUUUGUAUGUCAAUGUACGUGAACCAUGGCAUUUAUUAUAAUCAAUUUGUAAAACAACGAAAAUGCUACCUGUUAAAUAAGAUGUCACCAUAUAGUAAAAACAUAUGACAAGA